CUUCUCUUCUACUUCUUCACCGCGCUCUCUUCCUCUGUUUUCCUCCAAAAUUCUGGCUACGUCCCUUCUCCGACCUCUGUAAAAACCAAAAGAAUUCUUCAAUCAAGACCCCUCACUACUACGUUACUUGCCCUCACUGAAUCACCUGACUCUUCUCAAUCCCCUCAACCCCUCCUCCUCCUCCAGUUCUCUGAUUGCUUUGAUCUUCCGUCGGAGUAUUUUGAGCAAUUACCUCGAGAUCUUCGAUUAGAUUUAAAUGAUGCAGCUUUCGAUCUUUCAAAUGGACCGGUCAUUGAUGAGUGUGGUCAAGAGCUGGGAGAACUCCUGUUAAAUCUCUCUCGAGCACAGGAAUUAGCUGACAUAUCAACUUCCCGUGCUUUAGCUAGCAAGCUCCCUAUGCUGGAGGGUACUUUGACAAAUAAGGUCAAGGCAGCAUUUGGCAAGCGUUUGGUAUCUGCUGGAAGGAGGUUCCAAUUAAUGGGACAGUAUGGCCAGGGUGAAAUGCAGAGGUAACUUUGAUAAUUAAAAAUUGCGCAAGCAAUGAUAACAACUGGAAAACUUCUGUCUGCAAGUCCAAUACCAACAACUCCAGAACAGGAGCCAAAGAAAGAAACCAAAGUCUUCAAGUUUGGAGAACUUCAGGUUGAAGUAACACCAGUGAAAGCCAAUAUUGGAGCUGUAAUUGGAGUUGCUUUUGGGAUUCUUUCAUGGGAACUAGCCCAGGGUAUUCAAAGCAUACCAGAGAGCUCCUUGCAGUAUCUGAAUGACAAUGCUAUACUGCUGGCUAAGUCUCUAAGGGGAGCUUUACUUGUGCUUUUUUACUCAUCUACAUUUUUAUCUGCUUUUACCUCUGUGGGACUUUUCUUGCUUGGAAGACAACUCAAGUCAAAGGAAAAGUGAGCUUCUGUGGUGCUAACUUUCAGUUCAUCGGAUCCUCAUUGAUGUGUGAAGUAUUGGGUAUUUUUGUUUGACAAUGGCCCAAGAAAUCAUGGAUGUACUAUACUAUGAAAUCAUAAUUGUGUAAUCAUUUUCUGGUUUUGAUGCCUUUGAAAACUGUAUCACAGAUGGUAGUGUGAUUUGAAAUUUUACUAUGUAUGUCUAGCUUUUAUUUUGUUUCACAAAGGGGAUAAAACCAUUUAUGUACAAUUUUUUGAAUUAUAACUAUAUAUAGUCAUUUGGCGAGCAAA